AUGAAACUGGACGUUAAGAGACAACUCUUUGCCCGCUCCGAACGGGUGAAGGGCAUUGAUUUCCACCCCACCGAGCCAUGGAUUCUCACCACUUUGUAUAGCGGUCACGUAUACAUCUGGUCUUACGAAACCCAAUCAAUUAUCAAAACUUUCGAGCUCACCGAUGUCCCCGUACGAGCUGGCCGUUUCAUCGCCCGCAAGAACUGGAUUGUUUGCGGUUCGGACGACUUCCAACUCCGUGUAUACAACUACAACACCUCCGAGAAGAUCGCCUCAUUCGAAGCUCACCCGGAUUACAUUCGUUCGAUCGUGGUCCACCCUACCCAACCCUUCGUUCUCACCGCCUCUGAUGAUAUGACGAUCAAACUCUGGGACUGGGAGAAGGGCUGGAAGUGCGUUCAGGUCUAUGAGGGCCAUAGUCACUAUGUAAUGGGCUUGUCUAUCAAUCCCAAGGAUACCAACACUUUUGCAUCCGCAUGUCUGGACCGGACCGUCAAGAUCUGGAGCCUUGGCUCCCCGCAUGCCAACUUCACAUUGGAAGCUCACGAAACGAAGGGAGUAAACCACGUCGAUUACUACCCUCAGGCCGAUAAACCGUACCUCCUCACCACCUCUGAUGAUAAGACGGUUAAGGUCUGGGAUUAUACGACAAAGGCUUUGAUCGCGACGUUGGAGGGACAUACGAGCAAUGUCUCUUUCGCUUGUUAUCACCCGGAAUUGCCGGUGAUCAUCUCGGGAUCCGAAGAUGGCACUAUCAAGAUCUGGCACGCAAACACAUACAGACUGGAGCAGUCGUUAAGCUAUGGCCUUGAAAGAGCUUGGUGUAUCGCUUACCAGCGUGGCAGACAGGGCAUUGCCAUGGGUUUUGAUGACGGUGCGGUAGUGGUCAAGAUGGGUAGAGAAGAACCUGCUGUCUCCAUGGACGGCUCCGGAAAGAUCGUCUGGGCAAGACACAAUGAGGUCGUCUCGACCGUUAUUAAAGGUGGUGAUGCUAGCCUUAAGGACGGAGCGCCGCUUUCCCUGCCCACCAAGGAACUUGGUUCCUGCGAAGUGUACCCGCAGACAUUGUCACACUCCCCCAACGGGCGAUUCGUUUCGGUGUGUGGUGAUGGGGAAUACAUCAUCUACACGGCUCUUGCCUGGAGAAACAAGGCCUUCGGACAAGCGCUGGACUUCGCCUGGGGCUCGAAGGACAACAGCAACGACUACGCCAUCCGCGAAUCCGCAACUAGCGUCAAGAUCUUCCGGAAUUUCAAGGAGGUCAGCGGUGGCCUGGACGUGGGAUUCCAGGCUGAGGGUCUGACUGGCGGUGUACUCUUGGGUGUGAAAGGACAGGGCGGAAUUGGCAUGUUCGACUGGGAGACCGGAAACCUGGUCCGCCGCAUUGAAGUCGAGCCGAAAUCUGUGUACUGGUCCGAGUCCGGCGAAUUGGUCACACUUGCUUGCGAGGAUACCUUCUAUGUUCUUCGAUUCUCGAGGGAGAACUACAUCAACGGUCUGAACGAGGGUGAGGCCGACGAAGAUGGCGUUGAGUCUGCCUUUGAGGUUGUAACAGAUGUCAAUGAAUCUGUCCGGACCGGUCAAUGGGUUGGCGACUGCUUCAUCUACACCAACUCGACCAACCGUCUGAACUACCUCGUUGGCGACCAGACUUACACUAUCUCCCACUUCGACCAGGGCAUGUACGUCCUUGGCUACCUGCCUCGUGAUGGCCGAGUCUACCUCGCUGAUAAGGACGUCAAUGUCGUGUCCUUCGGCCUCUCCCUCAGCAUGGUCGAGUACCAAACCGUGGUGCUGCGCGGAGACAUGGAGAUGGCUGCCGAACUCCUCAAGGACGUUCCCCAGGAUCAGAUGAACAAGGUGGCGCGUUUCCUCGAAGGCCAGGGCUACAAGGAGAUGGCUCUUGAAGUCGCGACGGACGCCGAACACCGCUUCGAGCUCGCUCUCGCACUUAACAACCUCGACAUCGCCCUUGAAAUUGCUCGUGAAGCCAACGUCGAGCACAAGUGGAAGAUUGUCGGGGAUGCCGCCCUGGCGGGAUGGAACCUCUCUCUGGCCCAGGAAUGUUUCGCCAACGCCAAGGACAUCGGCUCCUUGUUGCUUCUGCACACCGCCAGCGGCAACAAGGACGGCCUCCGCAAGCUGGCCGAGCAAGCCUCCGAGGCCGGCCUCCACAACGUCGCUUUCUCCACCCUCUGGUCUCUCGGUGAUGUGGACGGUUGUAUCGACCUCCUGGUGCAGACGAACCGACUUGCCGAAGCCGUCCUUUUCUCGCAGACCUACAAGCCCUCCCGCACGCCGGAACUGGCCGUCCAGUGGAAGGGGUCCCUUGAGCAAUCUGGAAAGACCAAGAUCGCCCGCCUGAUCGGUAUUCCCCCUGGCGCCCCCGACACCAUCACAACGGACGAUGACCUCUUCCCCGAGUGGGAUGAGUACCUCCGCCUUGAAAAAGAAGGCAUCGUUGCCGACGCCCCGUCCACCGGGUCUCUGAUCGAUGUUAACGGCGAUGAGGCCGCCGAGGAGGCAGGUGAAGCCGCCGCAGAAGAGACGGCGGAAACCAAUGGCGCGGCCGAGGUGGAAGCGGAGGCGUGA